GCGAACGGACGUGUGUUUUUUAAAUAUCGACAACAACGGAAGAUAAUAAAUUUGUAAAUAAUAAUCCAAAGGACUUUUCUGACAGUAAAUGUGUAAUCAUAAGUGCCACAUUUGACGUGACUAUGCAACGGUUUUGAGUAGCAAGGCAGUUAGUAAGCGUUGACACCAAGACUAAGCAGCUUUUUAAACAACCAAAAAGCCUGCAAAAACUCUUGGGGAGCAAGAAAAUUGUGGACGCAUCUAUUGUGAUGAUGUUGCUAGAGUCCAGAAAAAGAUUGCGGCCAGGAAUUGGGUUUAAUAUUGGUCGCGUUCUUAAUAAUAUUAACUUUGCAUUGGUGAUAGCAACAUUAUGGUUGAUUGUAAUCUCGGUGCAUGCAACAAACGCUCAAUUAAAUGAGGGGAAGCAGAAAAUACCGGGGUUUAAAAACAUUGAAUCCGUUGGUGAGACCAAUAAUAGAAACAGCAAACGUAACCAUCAACUUGAACAACAUUUUAUAACUCAAGACAAACUACAAAGGCACAAUCAUCGUAUAUAUAACAGCAAGUAUACCAUUAAGCAGCUAUUAAAUAUGCAGAAAGUACCUAAGCUAUCUAAUGACAUUGACAUGGAUCCCUGUAAGGCGGGCGGAUUUAUGGGCGACAUUGUUCUUACUGCGAGAGAUAAGAUACCUGAUCCUAAACACUCAAUAGUGAAAAACGAGAGAAUGCUGUCUAACCAGCCCAGCGCGGUGGAUGCUUCGUCUGUAAAACAUAGUUCAUCUUUCCAUCUAUAUAUAGAAAAUUUUAAGCACGUAUAUAACGAGGGUCUGCAAGUAGAAGAAGAAGGCUUAACAGACGUUAUUCGAAAAAAAACCAAGAUGUCUAAUUUCAACAACAUUUGGCUAAAUUCAGAGGGCCGGAGCGCUGUGAAGCAUUAUGUGCAUAUACCAUUAGACAUAAGCCAGCAAAACGCUGACUUAUGGUUACCAAAGAGGAAUCUACGACUCGCGAAUAAAUUACAUGCAACGCCAGAAUUUCUAAAGCACAGUAAGACGCGCUUUUUAAGGCGCAAAGUCGAUGUACGUAAAAUUCAAUCCAAUAACAAAGAUAUUGAAGAUGAUUCUGGGAAGCAUUUCAUAACAGAGCAGCGACAUUAUAUUGUUCCUACCCCAUUUCCUACGCUACGCUCUACUAUACCAAAUGUUUAUAGCAAUGCCGGUGGUAAUGGUAUGUUGUUAAAUAACAAAGAUGUGGACUUUAUACAUUCACAUGGCAUGACGCGAAAAGAAGAUAGGCGUAUACACAAGACAAGAAACCAUCACCGUUAUAAUUGUAAUAAAAAAAAAUCCCAUUUUCGAGGGGACUUAAACCAAACUAUUGAUCAGAAAGCACAAAACUACUUGAAUUCAGGACGCCAACAUAGCAAAUGGCUGCAGGGUAAAAAUAAUCAGAUAGUUUGGCAAUCGUUCAAUACGUCAAAAUCUGUACAGCCGUCACAAGUAUUUGAGAAUAAAUUAAAUAUAAUUCAUCAGCAGCAGAUUGCAUCGCAUAAUCGCGUAUCACGAGCAGUAACCGCAAAAAAGGAACGGAUUUGGGACUAUGGUGUUAUACCAUAUGAAAUUGAUGGGAAUUUCAGUGGCUUACACAAGGCGCUCUUUAAACAGGCUAUGCGGCACUGGGAAAAUUCCACAUGUAUUAAAUUUGUAGAGCGAGAUGCAGAAAUACAUCCAAAUUAUAUAGUCUUUACAAUACGCAACUGUGGUUGUUGUUCCUUUGUGGGCAAACGUGGAAAUGGUCCCCAGGCAAUAUCAAUUGGCCGCAACUGCGAUAAGUUUGGAAUUGUAGUGCAUGAAUUGGGCCAUGUGGUAGGCUUUUGGCAUGAACAUACUCGUCCAGAUCGUGAAAAACAUGUAGUCAUUGAGCAUAACAACAUUAUGAAAGGACAGGACUAUAAUUUCAAUAUGCUUUCCAUGGAUGAAGUUAAUUCACUUGGUAUGGCGUACGAUUAUGACUCCAUUAUGCACUAUGCACGCAAUACUUUCUCCAAGGGUACCUACCUGGAUACUAUACUUCCAAUUGAGGUAAAGGGACGCAAAAGACCAGAGAUCGGUCAACGUUUACGUCUAAGUCAAGGCGAUAUUGCACAGGCGAAUCUAUUAUAUAAAUGUCCCAAGUGCGGUCGCACCUUUCAGGAGAGCACUGGAAUAUUCUCCAGUCCUGUUUAUUAUACAGCGGGUGCCCUUAGCAAUGAAACGGAGCAUUGUGAGUGGCGCAUCACAGCAACUCAUGGCGAGCGAGUGGUGCUGCGACUUGAAAAUAUGAACAUCUUUAAGUCCAAUAACUGCGAAACUGAUUACCUUGAGAUACGUGAUGGAUACUACAUCAAAUCUCCACUAAUUGGACGAUAUUGUGGUAAGGUGGCUAAAGAAGUCAUAACUACUUUGUCGAGUCGUAUGCUGUUAACUUACAUAAAUAAACACCGGGAAGAUGGUUAUCGCGGAUUUAAGGCGGAAUUUGAUGUUGUUUGUGGAGGUAACUUAUCCGUUGAUGAUUCUGAAGGCCGCUUGGAAUCCCCCAACUACCCGUUGGACUACUUACCCAAUAAGGAGUGUCUGUGGAAAAUAUCAGUACCCAAAGGCUUUCAAGUUGCGCUCAAGUUUCAAUCUUUUGAAGUCGAAAAUCAUGAUAGCUGUGUAUAUGAUUAUGUGGAGGUAAGAGAUGGUGACGCUCAGGACGCCCCAUUAAUUGGCGUUUUUUGUGGGUACAAACCGCCGCCGAACCUAAAAUCCAGCGGUAAUUUGAUGUACGUGAAAUUUGUAUCUGAUACUUCAGUCCAAAAAGCAGGCUUCUCGGCCGUUUUCAUGAAAGAAGUAGAUGAGUGCGAAACUCAGAAUCAUGGCUGUGAGCAUGAGUGCAUUAAUACCUUAGGUGGCUAUGAGUGCAGUUGCCACAUAGGGUAUGAGCUGCAUAGUGACAAGAAACAUUGCGAAGAUGCUUGUGGUGGCCUCAUUGAAUAUCCCAAUGGCACAAUUACCUCGCCCUCAUUUCCGGAAAUGUAUCCAAUACUUAAAGAGUGCAUUUGGGAAAUUAUUGCACCGCCGAAGCAUAAGAUCUCAUUAAACUUUACACAUUUCGAUUUGGAGGGUACGGAGCACCAGCAAUCAGAUUGUGGCUACGAUUCAGUGACAAUAUAUUCGAAAUUAACUGAAAAUCGAUUGAAGCGAAUGGGUACGUACUGUGGUACCUCAAUACCACCCACGAUUACAUCAGAUAGCAAUGCUCUACGUGUUGAGUUUCACUCGGAUAAGUCAAUACAGCGUUCUGGAUUCGCGGCCGUAUUUUUCACGGACAUUGAUGAAUGUGCUGUCAACAACGGCGGAUGUCAGCACGAGUGUCGUAAUACAAUUGGUUCUUACUUAUGCUUCUGCCACAAUGGAUACUCGCUGCAUGAGAAUGGACAUGACUGCAAAGAGGGCGAGUGCAAAUAUGAAAUAUCCAGCUCUUUCGGAAGUAUCUACAGUCCGAGCUAUCCGGAUAAUUAUCCGCCUAAUGCCGAUUGUGUCUGGCACUUUUCAACAACGCCGGGACAUCGUAUUAAGCUAAUUUUUAAUGAAUUCAAUGUGGAAUCACAUCAGGAAUGCGCUUAUGAUAAUGUAGCUAUAUAUGAUGGUGAAUCUGAGCUAAGUUCUUUGUUGGGACGUUUUUGUGGCGACAAAAUACCUUAUCCUAUAUCAUCAACAUCAAAUCAGCUAUACAUGGCUCUGAAGACGGACAAAAACAAGCAAAUGAAUGGAUUUACGGCCUUGCAUUCCACUUCUUGCGGUGGCUAUCUGCGUGCUUCAAGCAAUGUGCAGCAGUUUUACUCCCACGCACGCUUUAGCAAUUUAGAUUAUGAUGACAAUAUGGAUUGUGAGUGGACAAUACAAGCUCCACCCAAUAGUAAUGUACAGUUGCUUUUUCUUACCUUUGAUAUUGAGAGCAGCGAGAAUUGUACAUACGACUAUGUUCAAGUGUUCUCAGGCAUGGAAGACAUUAGUGGACCAAUGUAUGGACAAUACUGUGGUAAUUUGCUCCCCCAAGACAUAAUCUCUUUAACAGAUUCGUUACUAGUACGUUUUAAGACUGAUAGCUCCGUUCAUAUGAAAGGUUUUUCAGUCUCCUAUGUAGCUGUAGAUCCAUUUGAAAACAGUGAAGAGGAUGUUGAAAGUUUGUAUAGUUCUGAAAUGGCAACACCAUUUCCUGGUUCACUUAAAAGUAUAUUCAAAGAAGAGACGGAAGAAUCUGACGACUAUAGUGAUUUUAGUGGGAAUCAACUAGCAAAAGGAAAUUUUCGUGGACGAUUCUCGUAUCCAAUCAGUUAUUCAACUUGGACGAAUUAGAGAAGUGAUGUAGAAAAUUUUAAGUAAAUCUGACAAUAUAAAUUAAUAUAUUUUUUCGACAGAUUAAGAAUAUCGGCAUGUUUAUAUUAUGCUUCUCACUCUACUUUAUCAUAUUCC